UACUGGUGAAACAAAGCAAUCGUCUCCAGGAAGAGAAGGAUGUUUGCUAAUGCACACUUGUUACAUUCAGACCAUCACUUUGUCGUUCUGUGUUGUUCAUGACUAAAUUGUAUGUUUAAUAUGGGACCGGCGUUAACCGACAGGAGCCAGAGGUGCAGGAGGAAAACAAGUGGGAGCACAGCUGGAACGCGGCUUUGACUCGAACUGUCCGCACUGUGAACCAGCAUGUUGGUGACAGCCUAUUUUGCCAUCAUCGUCCUGCUGGCCCUCUGUGUGGGCCUGGAGUUCACGGCCCGCCGCCUCACGCCGCCCCAGCCCACCCCCACCGCCGUGGCCAACCCGGCUUUCCGUCGAUUCCAGAGCGUAUUCCUGCGGGCGUACCUGCUGGCCCUGUGGGCGGACUGGCUCCAGGGGCCGUACCUCUACAAACUGUACCGCCACUACAGCUUCCUGGAGUCCCAGAUAGCCAUUUUGUACGUGUGCGGCCUGGCCUCCUGUGUCCUGUUCGCUCCGUUCUCGGGCUGGCUCCCCCAGGCCCUGGGCCGCCGGCAGACGUGCCUCCUCUUCUGCGUGUCCUACUCCGCCUGCUGCCUCACCAAGCUCUCCAGGGACUACUUCGUGCUGAUCGUGGGCCGCAUCCUGGGGGGUCUGUCCACGUCCCUGCUCGCCACCACCUUUGAAGCCUGGUACGUGCACAGACACGUCGAGGUCCACGACUUCCCCAGAGAGUGGAUCCCCAGCACCUUCAACAAGGUUGCCACCUGGAACCACGGCCUGGCUGUGGGAGCGGGGCUCGUGGCCAACCUGCUGGCUGAGUGGCUCCACUUGGGACCGGUGGCUCCGUUCCUGCUGGCCGUGCCGUGCCUCGGCUGCUGCGGCUGGGUGGUGCUGACGGACUGGGGCAAGGAGGAGGCGGAAGGAGGCCCCGAAGGGGAGAAGCACACUCCGAUGCUUGGCGCCGCCAACGGAGGCGCGGCUCGUCUGUCGGCCAAAGCUCGAUUCUCGCGCAGCUGCCAGGAGGGGCUGCGCUGCUUGCUGUCCGACCGGAGGGUCCUGCUCCUCGGCGGAGUGCAGGCUCUCUUUGAGAGCGUCCUCUACAUAUUCGUGUUCCUGUGGACUCCGGUGCUGGACCCCCACGGCCCCCCUUUAGGAAUCGUCUUCUCCUGCCUCAUGGCGGCCAGCAUGGUGGGCUCCCUGCUGUACCGCCUGGCCACCUCCACCCGCUACCGCCUGCAGCCCGGCCAGGUGCUCUGCCUCGCCGUCCUGAUGGCCUUCUUCUCGUUCUUCAUGCUGACGUUCUCCACGGCGGCGGGGCAGCCGAGACCCCACGACUCCUUCCUGGCCUUCCUGCUGCUGGAGCUGGCCUGUGGCCUGUACUUCCCCGCCGUCAGCUUCCUGCAGGGCCGAGUGGUCCCGGAGGAGAAGCGCGCCGGCGUGCUGGCCUGGUUCCGGCUGCCGCUGCACCUGCUGGCCUGCCUGGGACUGCUGGCGCUCCACGGCGAGGUGUCGGGGACGGGCGGGGGGGAAGGCGGCGGCGGCACCCGGCACAUGUUCGGCGGCUGCGCCGUCAUGAUGCUGGCGGCUCUGAUGGCCGUCAUUAGUCUUUUCACGCUGAGCAGGAACGACACGGACCUGAGACUGGAGGGGUGCCGAGGGGAGGGGGAGAUGGAGUAAAGACUUGGCCUACAGAUCCAUUUAAGAUUGUCUGAUUUAAAUAUUCAAUUUUAGUCAGACUUGACUUGACUAUAGAUCAUAUUUGCCAAAAAAAAAAA